CCUUUGCGUAAAUUUUCCACUCGCUGAUUUUCUCUCUGUCCGAAGUGAAGAGGAAGGGAAAGGGAAAUUUGGCUCCGCUUUGAUUUUUUUAGGGUUUUGGAGCUGCUCCGAUCUCGAGAUCCAGGUUUUGUAUUGGAUUUUUGGAGUCAUUUCCCUAAUUUUGUUGCGGCUUGGAGGCCUAGGGUUUGAUUUGCUCGGAGCUAGGGUUUCGUUUUUAUGUAGAAUUGAUACUGUUUCAGUGGUUUCCUUGGAGAAUUUGGUACUCGAUUUGGAAAUGGUUAGACUAGGGCUUCAAUUUUGCUUCAGCUGGUGCUUUUGUGAUUAAGAUAAAGUUUGGCUGCUACUUUUUGGGAGAAUUGUAUGAAAACGAAAAUUUGGGCAGGAAAACCUAAUUAAUUCUUUUGGAAACCAGGAAAAGUUGCAUCUUUAUUAAUUAUUUCACCGAUUUCCCCUCUGAAAAGGAAUUAAACCAGAAAGCAAAGGAACGGAUAGUUUAAGCCCUCGUUUUGGUUUAGGUUUGGACAAUUUAAUUAUUGAAUCACAAAGCGGGGAAUUUUAAUGUUAUUUGAGACGUUUGAUGGUAAUGGAAUUGUUAAUAUCUACAGAUUUACUGGAUUGACAAUAUGGCGCCCACUGUUCUAAUAGAGUGUACAGAGAAAAGGGUGGUUAAGAGAUCUUUCGCGAUGAUGGGGAAAUCACAGAAGUUUUCGAAGGGCUUAUCUUCUUCCUUUGUUCCUGAUUACCGUCAUGCGGCUGAAACCAUGGAGGAAUCCGAAGGAUUUGGUAGCUCAUGCCGUGUGGAUUCUGAAGAUUCUUGUGCUCCAAAGAGGAAAUGCAUUAGCUUGAAUAAGGACACGGGCGACUGCUUCAAUGUUCCUUUGCAGGUCAUUUCUUUUGCCAAGAUGCCUGGUUCAGAAAGAAAAGAGUUAGAAUUGAGACUGAGAGCUGAACUUGAAAGAAUUCAAAUGCUUCAAAAAAAGUUCUUAUCAAUAAAUGUACCAACAGUGUCAUCCUCCAGUAACGGAAAGAAACUGGGUUCCAAUGGAUCACAUCUCAAGCGUGGGAGUUCAGGGAGGUUCGAGUCGAAGAACAAACAACGACCUCAGCCACAGCCUACCACUGAUAACUCCUAUGCAUCGAUAAUGAAGCAAUGUGACUCAAUUCUCAAUAAGUUGAGAACACACCAGUUUGGGUGGGUUUUCAAUAAUCCAGUUGACGCAGUGGCUCUCAAGAUUCCGGAUUAUUACACUGUCAUCAAGCAUCCAAUGGAUCUUGGUACCAUCAAGAACAAGAUAUCUUCUGGUGCUUACUCCAGCCCAUUGGGUUUUGUUGCUGAUGUGAGGUUAACUUUUACAAAUGCAAUGACAUACAAUCCGCCCGGUAACGAUGUCCACAUAAUGGCAGAUAAAUUAAGCAAAUUCUUUGAGUCAAAAUGGAAACCUAUAGAGAAGAAGCUUGCUGCAACUGAUUUAUAUGUUAGAAGAGAGACAGAAGCUCCCAAGCCAGUAUUACAUCCAAAGAAGAGGAAAACGUCUCCUGUAACUUGUAAUGCUGUAGUACUGGAAAAGGUGAUCCCUAGGGUGACUGCUGAGGAGAGGCAGCAUUUGAGUAAUCGAUUAUCAGCUAUGCUAGAGGACAUGCCAGACCAAAUAAUUGACUUUUUGAAGAGGCAUAUCAGUAGUACGAAUGACUCUGGUGAGGAGGAGAUGGAGGUUGAUAUUGACGCCCUUAGUGAUGAUGUACUGUUAGAACUGAGGGAGCUUUUGGAUAGCUGUUUGCCAGAGAAACUGAUUGUACAACAUCCAAAAGCAGAACCCUCUGAAAUCGAGAUUUUAAAUGAAUCUGGACUUAGCAAUUCAUCAAUGCAUCCCGGCAAAGGCAAUGAACCUGUCGAUGAGGAUGUAGAUAUUGGUGGUAAUGAUCCUCCCAUGUCAAGCUAUCCUCCUGUAGAGAUAGAGAAGGAUGCAAUACAUAGAGGUGGCAAGUGCAGCAGUUCAAGUUCAUCGAGUAGUGAUUCAGGCUCUUCUUCCAGUGAUUCAGAUUCGGGUAGCUCCUCUGGAAGUGACUCAGAAGAUAAAGGUGCUACUCCUGGAAAAACUACUAAGGCAAAUAAAAGACCUGAGACAGUUCAGGACCAAGAUAAGAGUGAUAUCAUGAAUCCAAUUGACGCAAAAAGAUCUGUUAGUGGGUUGGAUCUAUCACACCAAGAUGCUCAUCCUAACCCUAUGUCUUCUGAGGCAGAUGGGCCUCAAGAUGGGGAGAAUGCUCCACCUGAGAGACAAGUCUCCCCAGAAAAGCUCUAUCGAGCAGCUUUGUUGAGGAGCCGGUUUGCCGAUACAAUUCUUAAAGCCCAAGAGAAGACUCUUGUCCAGGGUGAAAAAGGGGAUCCUGAGAGGCUUCGGCAGGAGCGGGAGGAACUUGAAAGAAAGCAGAGAGAAGAGAAAGCACGGCUGCAGGCAUAAGCUAAAGCUGCAGAGGCUGCCCGUAAGCGUGCAGAGGCAGAAGCUGCAGCGGAAGCUAAGCGCAAACGUGAACUAGAGAGAGAAGCCGCCCGGCAGGCAUUGCUCAAGAUAGAGAAAACUGUGGAAAUCAACGAAAACUGCUUGAUCCUUAAAGACCUAGAAAUGCUUGGAACUGUUCCAGGUGAGCAUAUACCUAGUUCUGUUGACGAGACAAGCCCAGAUCUCUCUCAAGAUGGCUUAGGGAGUUUCAAACUCGGGGGAAGUAACCCUUUAGAGCAACUCGGGUUGUACAUGAAAGAUGAUGAUGAAGAGGAGGAAGAGAUUGCCGAGGUGAAGCCAGUUCGUCCUGCAAUUAAUGACAUCGAAGAAGGAGAGAUUGAUUGAUGCAUUUCCCUGCUCUUUUGUACAUUUUCUAAGUAGAGCACUGUUGAAUGCAUAGGUGGUAAUUUUAUUUUAUUUUCUUGUUCUUUGUUUUUCCGGCUGUGGUAAGAAGGCAGCCUUCAAUUUUGGAAGUUAAAAGCAGAAAGUUUCAUCCACCUAAGGAGAACAUGUACGACGAGCGAAUACUUAAACCGAAGAACAAUUUGUUUUAUGUCAGAACAAUUUGUGUAUGUGUAUUCACCUGAGUAUCUGAGCAAAAGGAAACAUGUUCAAAGCUUUAUGUGAUCAAGUAUGAGCAUAUGGAAUAUAAUUUAUAGUGUUUAGUUUGUGCUU